AUGCUAGCAACAGCAACCCGGCCUGCCGUCGCAGGCCCAAAUGGAAAAGCCACAUACCAUACCGUAACGGCGCUCAAGCGGUGGUCAUGCGACGACAAGGAACUCCCUCCCGUAUCGGAAAUCAAGGCCAUUCACGUGUACGACUUUGACAACACCCUAUUUGCAAGCCCUCUCCCGAACAAGCAACUAUGGAACAGCGCCACCAUCGGCCAGCUUGGGUCGCCCGACAUGUUCCUCAACGGAGGCUGGUGGCACGAUUCGAACAUCUUAGCAGCGACGGGCCAAGGCCUCGAAAAAGAAGAAGCGCGCGCAUGGCAGGGUUGGUGGAACGAACAGAUUGUCGAGCUCGUCGAAUCAUCAAUGGCGCAAAAGGAUGCGCUGAGCGUGCUCCUCACGGGUCGUGGCGAGUCCAAUUUUGCCGAUCUCGUCAAACGCAUCAUACGCAGCAGACGCCUGGAAUUCGACAUGGUCUGCCUGAAGCCUGCAAUUGGGCCUGCAGGGCAGAAGUUCAAGAGUACAAUGGAGUUUAAGCAAGAGUUGCUAAAGGACAUUGUCUACACGUACAAGGACGCCGAGAAGCUGCACAUUUACGAGGACCGAGUGAAGCACACCAAGGGCUUCCGUGACUUUUUCUUUCAGUUUAACGAGGGUCUGAUUAGGGCACAAACUCAAGCGUCGCGUCGUCCCAUUACCACAGAGGUUAUACAGGUUCCGGAAAACGCCACUUCACUCGACCCUGUUGCGGAGAUUGCGGAGAUUCAGAAGAUGAUCAACACACACAACAUCCAAGUCAAGUCGGGCAACGUUCCUCCAGGCACACCGCCGUAUCAAAUCAAGAAGACCGUAUUCUACACGGGCUAUAUGAUUCCUCCGGAUAUGACUGAGAAGUUGACUUCUCUAGUCUCCUUACCCCCCGGUGCGCCGAAAGACGAUAUCCGAUAUCUUGCAAACAGCAUCCUGAUUACGCCAAAACCCUGCCCGAAGAGCAUACUGGACAAGGUGGGUGGCAUCGGCGCCAAGGUCCGGUGGAGAGUGACUGCUGUUUCGUGCUUUGAGAACAAGCUGUGGGCGGCCAGAGUCGAGACUGUGCCCAAAGGCGCAAAGUUCUACUCUGAAAAUCCCGUUCCAACAGUUGUCUUGGCAAUUCGCAAGAAUGGCCGGCCAGCAGAUGCUGCACGCAUCUCCAACUGGCAUCCCGUGCCCCAAGAGCAAGCGUUUGAAUUUGACACUGUCGUAGGUGAGAAGCAGAUGUUGCGCAUUGAAGAAGAGACGGCAAACGAGAGCGAGUAUGAGAGCUAUUUCCCGAACAAGUCCCAUCGCAAGGAGGACCAGAACGGACGCAAUGACAACUCACGGUCAAACCCCGGCCGCGGAGGCAGAGACCGAGACGAGAGGCCGGGAGGUUACCGUGGAGGGAACCGAGACCGCGGUCGUGGAAGCAACAGACACACAUCCUAUGGCCAAAGAGGCGGUGCUCGUAGUGGCCACCGCGGAGACCGUGGUGGCGGUCGAGGACGUGGCCGCGGCGGACAGUCGCAGUAUAGAAGUUUGGAUGAUGUCGACAGUGGCAACCGUGGGCCUGACAAUAAUCCAGACGCUUUCUACUAA